UCAAAAUACACCAUCCAAUUGACAUUUCAGGCACCAACCACACUUUUCUUUAACCGAGUUACGUGCUUUGCAUUUUCUCCGACUUUGUUAUUUGCAAAAUAUUUGAAACAAUAUUUAUAAAUUAACUUGAAGAAAAAGUGUUGUAAAUUGGGUUUAGAAACUCGAUUUAAAGAAAAGCUUAACGUUUCAGAUAGUCAACAGAGCAUAGCAGGAGAUCGCAACAGCAGUAAAGUUGACUGAAUCGCGGAGUUAUUUCGUUUGCAUUUACGUGGAGCGGCGGCGGCUGAACGUGUUGAAAUUGCGCGAGGAAAAAUGGUUAAGACUAAAAAGGGCAAGAAAGAGAUAGCAACCAGCGCGGUUGGAGGCGUUUCGUCCGGUGAUGAAAUGGACCAAACUGAAUUGCAAGAAGCUAACAUCGAUUCCGAUGCCGAGCAGGACAAUGUAAGUCUCAAAAACAAGAAGAAUCAACAAAAAUCGACAAAAAAGAAUAAGAAAAAUCGAAAAGAUUCCGAAGAAGCAGAAGAUGAUUUGGACAACAUCACAAGUGGUGUAAAGAAAUUAGAAAUGAAAGGAAAGUCCAAAAACAAAGGCAAAUCAAAUCAAAUUGAUUCAGAUGAUGAGGUAGCCGAUGGCGACAAAGUAGAAGAAGCACCAACAAAAUCGAAGAAAGGUAAUAAAAAGAAAUCGGCGUUCGAACUACUGGCUGCAGACGAGGAUGAUGAGGAUUAUGAACCUCCAUCGCAGGAUAAUGAAAUGUUAGAGGAGGAAGAUGAACCAGUUAAACCCUCAAAAAAAGAUAACAAAAAUGCCGGUAAAAAGGGUAAAAAAUCAAAAAGGGGAAAGGAUGAUGACGAAGAUUUAGAUAAAAUCUUGGCAGAACUUCAAGCUGAAUAUGCGGGUGAGGCAUUACCAACUGCCACAAAUGUAGUUUCUCCGGAUGAUUUGGAUGAUGAAGAAUUCACUAAGAAGAAGAAAAAUAAAGGCAAGCAACAGAAAGCCGCUAUUGAAAGUUCGCCAGCUGAAGCAGAUGAAGCUGUUGGUGGUGCUAAUGAUGAUGACGACGGAGGUACCGUUAAGACAGCUGCACAAAAAAAGAGAGAAAAGAAGGAACGUCAAAAACGUGAGGCAGCUUUGGCUAAACAACGAGGAGCACCCCAAACGAAACAAGAAAAUGUGGAAAAUACUGUAGAAAUUACUGAGGAUGUAAGUUCGAAAGAAAAGACUGACGAUAAAGAAGUAGCACAAGAUCUCCAAGUUGGAGCUGAUGAUGGGGGAAACGUAGAAGAUGGUACGGUUGUAGAAGAAGAGUCGGUCAAGGAUAAGAAGAAUAAGAAGAAAGGUAAAAAGGAUAAAAAAACAGAAGAUGAUGAACCUAAAAAAGAUAGUAAGAAGAAAGGUAUGUCCGCGGCUAUGGUGGCUGCUAUGCAAGAGCGCUUGAAACAAAUUAAAGAGGAAGAAGAACGACAGCAACGAUUGGAAGAAGAGCGUUUACGGCAAGAAGAAGAACGUGAACGGCUUCGUUUGGAAGCGAUAAGACAGGAAGCUGAGCGCAAGGAAAAGAAGAAGCAAAAAGAAGCAGAAAGAAAAGCACGACUUAAAGCAGAAGGCAAACUUCUUACCAAGAAACAAAAGGAAGAACGAGCCAGAGCCCAAGCUAUGUUAGAAGCUUUGAAAGCACAAGGUCUCGAAAUACCCGAUCCAACUGAGAAGAGACCAACAAGAUUAGGUACACGUAUUCGUCCAAAGAAGAAAGGUCCUGCCAAGGACGAACAAGCUGAAGCUGAAGCUAAAGCUGCCGAGGAAGCCGCAGCUGUUGCAAAUGCCCAACAAGAGUCAUCUGAAAAGAAAGAAGUUGUUAAAGAAUCUUGGGAUGCCAGUGAUUCGGAAGAAGAUGCGAAUGGUGAUGACGAUACAUCACAAGCUACUACCACUACCACAAAUAAUGACGAAAAGUCUAAUAGCGGUGGAGAAGCAGCAGCUUCGGCAGCAGCUGAAAAUGCUGAAGAAUCUUCCGAUGAUGAAUCUGAAGACGAUGAUGAGUCUGAAGAUGAUUCUGAAGGUUCGGCGUCUGAAUCUGAAAAGGAAGAAGCCAUUAAUCCGAAUGACGCAGAAGCUCGCCGAUUACGAGCUGAAGCUCGUAUUAUAAAGCGGCAGGAUGAUGCGGAGAAAAAACGUACUGUUGAUGACUUGCGCGCUGCCGUAGUGUGUGUACUUGGUCAUGUCGAUACGGGAAAAACAAAAAUUCUUGACAAGUUGCGCCGUACACAUGUACAAGAUUCCGAAGCUGGUGGUAUUACACAACAGAUUGGCGCAACGAAUGUUCCAAUUGAUGCAAUAAAAGAACAAACUAAACCUGUUCACAAUACAUCAAGUUUCGAAUUUAAGCUGCCUGGCUUACUUAUCAUCGACACACCUGGUCACGAAUCGUUCAGUAAUUUAAGAAAUCGUGGGUCAUCACUCUGUGAUAUUGCUAUUUUGGUGGUAGACAUUAUGCACGGCUUGGAGCCUCAAACCAUCGAAUCAAUUAAUUUACUUAAAAAGAAGAAAUGUCCGUUCAUCGUCGCACUAAAUAAAAUUGAUCGAUUAUAUGAUUGGAAGGUGGUGGCGCGUAGAGAUGUUCGCGAUGUAUUAAAGGAGCAACAGGCGAAUACGCAACUUGAGUUCAAGCAACGUUCAAAAGAUGUGAUUCUUCAAUUUGCUGAGCAAGGUCUAAAUGCGGCACUCUUCUAUGAAAAUCCCGAUCCGAAAACAUAUGUUUCAUUGGUACCAACCAGUGCAAUAACUGGUGAGGGCAUGGGCAAUCUACUGUUUCUCAUUGUGGAGUUCUGUCAGAAGAUGUUGCCAAAACGUUUGAUGUACUCAGAAGAGCUUCAGGCAACAGUAUUGGAAGUUAAAGCAAUUCCGGGUCUAGGCACCACCAUUGAUGCCAUUUUAAUAAAUGGAAAACUUCGAGAAGGCCAAACAAUGAUAUUGGCUGGAACAGAUGGUCCAAUCGUUACGCAAAUACGAUCUCUUCUUAUGCCUCAGCCAAUGAAGGAGUUGCGUGUAAAGAACGCUUACAUUGAACAUAAAGAAGUAAAAGCUGCACAGGGUGUUAAAAUAGCAGCAAAAGAUCUAGAAAAGGCUAUUGCUGGAAUUAAUCUGCUCAUAGCACACAAACCGGACGAAGUGGAUAUCUGCAAGGAGGAAGUGGCGAAAGAUUUAAAGAGCGCUUUGAGUCAUAUAAAACUUGCGCAAACCGGUGUGUACGUACAAGCUUCAACUCUCGGUUCGCUAGAAGCAUUGCUCGAGUUCUUAAGAACAUCAAAAAUUCCGUAUUCCUCCAUUCGAAUUGGCCCGGUUGUGAAGCGCGAUGUGAUGAAGGCAUCGACUAUGCUCGAACAUGAGCCGCAAUUUGCAACAAUUUUGGCUUUCGAUGUGAAAGUGGAGCGUGAAGCUCAGGAGAUGGCCGAUUCGUUGGGUGUGAAAAUAUUCCAAGCUGACAUUAUUUAUCAUCUGUUUGACAAGUUUAUGGCCUACCGUGAGGAGCUGAAGCAGAAGAAGCGCGAGGAAUUCCGUUCGAUUGCCGUCUUUCCAUGCAAACUUAAGAUCCUGCCUCAAUUUAUUUUCAACAGUCGUGAUCCUAUUGUAAUGGGUGUGAUGGUGGAGAACGGUAUUGUCAAAGUCGGUACACCUAUCUGUGUGCCCAGUAAAGAGUUUGUUGACAUCGGCAUUGUGACAUCCAUCGAAUCGAACCACAAGCAAAUAGAAAGUGCUCGAAAGGGUCAAGAGAUUUGCAUUAAAAUCGAGCCAAUUCCCGGUGAAUCGCCAAAAAUGUUUGGGCGUCAUUUCGAUGCGGACGAUAUGCUUAUCAGCAAGAUAUCCCGUCAAAGUAUCGACGCCUGCAAGGACUAUUUCCGCGACGAUCUAAUAAAGGCUGACUGGUCACUCAUGGUUGAAUUGAAGAAGCUUUUUGAAAUUUUAUAAGCUUGCAAAGCGCAGCGCAUACACAAUAUUUAAAUGUAGUGAAAUAAAUAAACAAAAAAUGUACUGCAAACAAAAAAAAAAACAAUUAAGAACACGCAAACAAAAUGGCGAAAAGAACAAAAGAAAAAAAAAACAAAAUUAAGAAAAUAAACAUAAUCAAUAUGCAACUACAGCGCAACACAUUAAGCGACAAACAAAAAGAAAAAAACAAAAAAUACAUUUUAUCACUGUCAAUGAAACUAAGUUUGUAGCUUUUAAUU